AUGUGUGUUCCUAUAUGCUACGGUGUAAUAUGGGGAUGUUCAACAAUCUUCCUUUUACCAUCAGACAAUCAAAUGAAUAAUUCAAUCAAAAUUAUGUUGUUUAUUGAAUUCGAAUGGAAAAUCGAGAAUGUUGUUUAUUCGGGUAUAUUUCUUUAUCGAUCAACAGAACAUGAAACAUUCAAUCAAAUUCAUAUUUUAAACUCUAUUGCAAUUUUUAUAAUGUUAUUGAUCAUAAUUUCAUCAAUAACAAUUAUCAUAAUUUGUGCGAUCAAAUGUUAUAUGAAAUUAAACGACCAUAUGAAUAAUCUUUCAAAAAGAACUAAUCAUCUUCAUUUCCAGUUGUUCUAUGCAUUGGUCACUCAAACACUAAUUCCUAUCAUUUUGAUGCAUUUUCCAAGUUUAUUGAUGUUCUUUUUCAAUAUAAUUGAUAAGAACUCAAGUUUUGUGAGCACAGUUGCCAAUAUAACUAUUGCAGUGUUCCCUGCGCUUGAUCCAUUUCCAGUGAUGAUAAUUAUCAAAAAUUAUCGAAUGGCAAUUUUUGGAAAACUAGCUAAACCUGUUUGGAGCACUACUCGACAAAGAACAGUUUUUGAAAAUUAG